CACUCCCUUUCUUCCCUUCCCUCCCUCAUCUUCCUCUCCUCUCCCAGUUGAGUUAGGUGCACUGUUUAAGUCCAGUACGGUUCUCACCUGGCUCUGUCAACAUGUCCUGGACUCGAGUGAUUGUCCUCUCUGCGCUCACCACCCUCCUCAUCCUCACCUUUUCCAGUGUGGUGGAAAACGCCGCAGUACGGGACGACUCUAAACCAGCCGACCACAAAGGCGCAGCACGGCAGGUGUUCAUGCCCGAGUCGGACGCCUCCAACUUCUUCAAACGUCGCGGUCGCAGUCGCCGUUCGGUCCAAUACUAUGAGUUCCAAGCUGAGCAGAGGAUACUCAUUAAAGCGGACGAGCAGAGGAGGGAGUACAACGAGGAGCAGAGGAAUGAGUACGAGAACUACGUCGAGGAGGAUCGCGAUGAGACAAAUGAGCGAUCGAGGGAGACGAACGAGCAGCUGAGGGAGUAUCACUACGACGGCUAUUACCCUCGCUCCCAGUGGUUCCACUGAGCACACCUGCUGGUGUGGAAGCUACAGCGCCUCUCACUGGGGCAGCAGUGGUACUGCCACUGUGACACGUUGAGAGCCAGUGCCAAAAUUCGUACCGUUGUUUUUCUACUUUAAUCUGCAGGAUGAAACUUUUCUUUUGCUUUAUUUUUUAUACAGCCUAAACUAUGCAAUAUGUCUCCAUGUUAAACUGUAAAGUGCAUUUAAAGUGCACUUUUUGAAUUGAAGCUAAAUGUUAUCAUUGAUGUUUUGCAUGCUUGUUUUUAUUGCCUUUUACACAUAUACGUGGUUAUAUACAGUGUCCUUCAGUCAGCCUGAGAGUGACGUCAUUACUUUAAGUGUAAAUAACAAAUAAAGAGGAAUUUCCUCAUUA